AGAAACUACAGAAAUGAAAACUGUUGGGACAACUGAGGCAAGUACAGCUCAAACGACAGACAUUACAGUACAAACUACAGAAAUAGCAACAACUGAGGCAAGUACAGCUCAAACGACAGAAAUAGCAGCAGAAACAACAACAAUUGCAACAACUGAGGCCUCUGAGACAACUAUAGUAGAAGAAACAACAAAAAUAACAACAGCUGGGACAGCUGCAGCAAGUACAGCUCAAACUACAGAAACUACAAUAGAAACAACGAACUUUGCAACAACCGAGGUCCCUGAAACAACUAUUAUAGAAGAAACCACAGAAAUAACAACAUCUGAAACAACUGCAGCAAGUACAUCUCAAACUACAGAAAUAGCAACAUCUGGGACAACUGAGGGAAGUACAGCUCAAACGACAGAAAUUGCAAUAGAAACAACAACUAUUGCAACAACUGAGGUUCCCGAGACAACAAUAGUAGAAGAAACUACAGAAAUGAAAACAGUUGGGACAACUGAGGCAAGUACAGCUCAAACGACAGAAAUUGCAAUAGAAACAACUACUAUUGCAACAACUGAGGUCGCCGAGACAACUAUUGCAGAAGAAACUACAGAAAUAACAACGACUGAGACAACUGAGGCAAGUACAGCUCAAACGACAGAAAUAGCAGCAGAAACUACAACAAUUGCAACAACUGAGGCCUCUGCGACAACUAUAGUAGAAGAAACUACGGAAAUAACAACAGUUGGGACAGCUGCAGCAAGUACAGCUCAAACUACAGAAACUACAAUAGAAACAACGAACUUUGCAACAACCGAGGUCCCUGAAACAACCAUUAUAGAAGAAACCACAGAAAUAACAACAUCUGAAACAACUGCAGCAAGUACAUCUCAAACUACAGAAAUAGCAACAUCUGGGACAACUGAGGGAAGUACAGCUCAAACGACAGAAAUUGCAAUAGAAACAACAACUAUUGCAACAACUGAGGUCCCUAAGACAAAAAUAGUAGAGGAAACUACAGAAAUGAAAACAGUUGGGACAACUGAGGCAAGUACAGCUCAAACGACAGACAUUACAGUACAAACUACAGAAAUUGCAACAACUGAGGCAAGUACAGCUCAAACGACAGAAAUAGCAGCAGAAACAACAACAAUUGCAACAACUGAGGCCUCUGAGACAACUAUAGUAGAAGAAACAACAAAAAUAACAACAGUUGGGACAGCUGCAGCAAGUACAGCUCAAACUACAGAAACUACAAUAGAAACAACGAACUUUGCAACAAUCGAGGUCCCUGAAACAACUAUUAUAGAAGAAACCACAGAAAUAACAACAUCUGAAACAACUGAGGCAAGUACAGCACAAACGACAGAAAUUGCAAUAGAAACAACGAACAUUGCAACAACCGAGGCCCUUGAGACAACCAUAGUAGAAGAAACCACGGAAAUAACAACAUCUGGUACAACUGCAGCAAGUACAGUACAAACUACAGAAAUAGCAACAACUGAGGCAAGUACAGCUCAAACGACAGAAAUUGCAAUAGAAACAACAACUAUUGCAACAACUGAGGCCCUUGAGACAACUAUAGUAGAAGAAACUACGGAAAUAACGACAGUUGAAACAACUGCAGCAAGUACAGCUCAAACUACAGAAACUACAAUAGAAACAACGAGCUUUGCAACAACCGAGGUCCCUGAAACAACUAUUUUAGAAGAAACCACAGAAAUAACAACAUCUGAAACAACUGCAGCAAGUACAUCUCAAACUACAGAAAUAGCAACAUCUGGGACAACUGAGGGAAGUACAGCUCAAACGACAGAAAUUGCAAUAGAAACAACAACUAUUGCAACAACUGAGGCCCCUGAGACAACAAUAGUAGAAGAAACUACAGAAAUGAAAACUGUUGGGACAACUGAGGCAAGUACAGCUCAAACGACAGACAUUACAGUACAAACUACAGAAAUAGCAACAACUGAGGCAAGUACAGCUCAAACGACAGAAAUAGCAGCAGAAACAACAACAAUUGCAACAACUGAGGCCUCUGAUACAACUAUAGUAGAAGAAACAACAAAAAUAACAACAGUUGGGACAGCUGCAGCAAGUACAGCUCAAACUACAGAAAUAGCAACACCUGGGACAACUGAGGGAAGUACAGCUCAAACGACAGAAAUUGCAAUAGAAACAACAACUAUUGCAACAACUGAGGUCCCCGAGACAACUAUAGCAGAAGAAACUACAAAAAUAACAACGACUGAGACAACUGAGGCAAGUACAACUCAAAUAACAGAAAUAACAGCAGCUGAAACUACAGAACUGAGGACAACCGGGACAGCUGCGGCAAGUACAUCUCAAACUAUACAAAUAACAACAACUGGGGCAACUGAGGCAAGUUCAGAACAAACUACAAAAAUUACAGCUCAAACAACAGAACUAAGGACAACUUCGGCAAGUACAGCACAAACUACAGAAAUCAUAACAUCUGUGACAACUGCGGCAAGUACAGCACAAACUACAGAAAUAGCAACAGCUGAGACAACUGGGGAAAGUACAGCUCAAACUAUUGAGGUAACAACAGUUGAAACAACUGAGGCAAGUACAGCACAAACUAUACAAACAACAACAGCUGAGACAACUGGGGCAAGUACAGCACAAACUACAGGAAUAACAACAGCUGAGACAACUGCAGCAAGUACAGCACAAAAUACCGAACUAUUAACAACAGCUGAAACAACUGAGGCAAGUACAGCACAAACUACAGAAACUAUAGCUGAAACAAUUGAGGCAAGUACAGCACAAACUACAGAACUAACAACAGCUGGGACAACUGAGGCAAGUACAGCACAAACUACAGAACUAACAACAGCUGGGACAACUGAGGCAAGUACAGCAACCCAAACUACAGAACUAUUUAGAACAACAGCCGAGAGAACUGAGGCAAGUACAGCACAAACUACAGAAGCAUUAUCAACAGCUGAGACAACUGCAGCAAGUAAAGCGCAAACUACAGUGCUGAGAACAGCUGGGACAACUGAGGCAAGUACAGCACAAACUACAGAAGCAUUAUCAACAGCUGAGACAACUGAGGCAAGUACAGCACAAACUACUGAACUAUUAACAGAAGCUGAAACAACCAAGGCAGGUACAACAAAAACUACAGAAAUAACAACAGCUGAGAGAACUGACGCAAGUACAGCACAAACUACAGAACUAUUAAGAACAGCUGGAACAACUGAGGCAAUUAAAGCAACCCAAACUACAGACAUAACAACAGCUGAAACAACUGAGGCAAGUACAGCACAAACUACAGAACUAUUAACAACAGCUGAAACAACUGAGGCAAGUACAGCUCAAACUACAGAACUAUUUAGAACAACAGCUGGGACAACAACUGAGGUUAGUACAGCGCAAGCUACAGACAUAACAACAGCUGAGACAACUGCAGCAAGUACAGCACAAACUACUAAAAUAACAACAGCUGAGACAACUGAGGCAAGUUCAGCACAAAGUACAGAACUAAUAACAACAGCUGGGACAACUGAGGCAAGUACAGCACAAACUACAGAAACUACAACAGCUGAGACAACUGAGGCAAGUACAGCAACCCAAACUACAGAACUAUUUAGAACAGCCUUGACAACUGAAGCAAGUACAGCACGAACUACCGAACUAACAACAGGUGGGGCAACUGAGGCAAGUACAGCACAAACUACAGAACUAUUUAGAACAACAGCUGGGACAACUGCAGCAAGUACAGCACAAACUACCGAACUAUUAACAACAGCUGAAACAACUGAGGCAAGUACAGCACAAACUACAGAAACUAUAGCUGAGACAACUGAGGCAAGUACAGCAACCCAAACUACAGAACUAUUUAGAACAGCCUUGACAACUGAAGCAAGUACAGCACAAACUACCGAAUUAACAACAGCUGGGACAACUGAGGCAAGUACAGCAACCCAAACUACAGAACUAUUUAGAACAACAGCCGAGAGAACUGAGGCAAGUACAGCACAAACUACAGAACUGGGAACAGCUGGGAAAACUGACGCAAGUACAGCACAAACUACAGAGGUAUUAUCAACAGCUGAGACAACUGAGGUUAGUACAGCGCAAACUACAGACAUAACAACAGCUGAGACAACUGCAGCAAGUACAGCACAAACUACAGAACUAUUAACAGAAGCUGAGACAACUGAGGCAAGUACAGCACAAAUCACAGACAUAACAACAGCUGGGACAACUGACGCAAGUGCAGCACAAACUACAGAACUAUUAAGAACAGCUGGAACAACUGAGGCAAGUAAAGCAACCCAAACUACAGAACUAUUUAGAACAACAGCUAAGAUAACUGAGGCAAGUGCAGCACAAACUACGGAACUAACAACAACUGGGGCAACUGAAACAAGUACAGCAACCCAAACUACAGAACUACUAAGAACAGCUGAGACAACUGAGGCAAGUACAGCACAAACUACCGAACUAAUAACAGGUGGGGCAACUGAGCUGAGACAACUGAGGCAAGUACAGCACACAGUACAGAACUAUUUAGAACAGCUGAAACAACUGAAGUAA